AAAGCCCACGUCUAGCCUUGCAAGGAGAUGGAGUUUUUCCCAGCCUCUGGCGCCUGGCCAUUUUCUUGGGACUGGAGCGCGUGGGUGAGGCUUGUCAGAUCCAUGCCCCUCCUACUCGUUUUUCUCUGGAGGUGUUGCUCUCCUUUCUCUUCCUCCCGCUUGGGACCUUUUGUAGGACACACCUUAGUUGCAGCCUGGCUAGCUUUGAGCCAGGCAGCAGAAAAGGUCUGUGCACCGUGACUAUGGAACUGGGAAGACCAGGGAGGGAAUAUCUGUAAUUGCUGGAGUUGACCCAUUUUCCCGCGGCUCUGGUUGAGAGGGGAAGCAGAAAGGCAGGCUUCCGUCAACAUUUGCACCAGUUUUUUCCUCUUUUUUUUUUCCUGAGGGCUAGGUGGGGGGGACGGGACCUCAAAUUUUCUUUUUUUCUUUUUCUUUUUCUUAAUGCUGGGCUUAAAUAAUGGCUUGUGAAUGCUCAUUGUGUAGGUGUAUUUAUUCCUCGGUAAACCUUGGCUAUUGUUUGUGACUUUGGGGGAUUUCUGUAGUAUGUAAGCUCUGCUUACCUUCACCCUGGAGCAUUCUCACUUUCCUAUAAUCCAUUCCUUUACCCUACGAAAGUGAAACUGCCUAAGUACUAACUGAUAAACUGGAUUGACUGGAAGACUUCUGAAAAGUGGCUUAUAUUACUCAAACUUACAAGAGAUAACUUGUUAAUUCAUUCUCCCUCUUCUCUCCCACUUUCUACCUUUCUCCCUCUAUCUGCCUUUUCUCCAUCUCCUUUACAGCAUCAGAAACUUAACUUCAAGCCAGGUAUUCCCAAACUGGAUGGACAAAUCUUGAACUCAUCAUUCUCAAAUGAGGAGCGUACCUUUUGUGGAUAACUUGAAUUUUCCACCAGCCUAGUUGAGCAGUGAUUUUUUUCCCCCAGAGAAAUUGGAAUGAGACUAACUGACAUGGUUUGUCUAGGUUAUUGGAUCGAUGAGAUCCAGUGGCUGACCAUGGUCACUCUGUUCAUCGCUGCCCUGGUGAUUGUAAGCAUAUAUUUGGUGCAAUAUGCCUUGGUCAUUGUUGGAUCCGGUCCCUGCAGGAUGCCAGCAGAGUCCUUCCAGCCUGUACAGGAGGAUUUGGGUUUCUUGCUGAAAUGGGUACUAUCUCUAAACAGCUGGAGGAGCCAGUGGCAAGUGGCUUGGGUGACAGCUUUGAAUGAAGAAGCUAAACAUAAAGGGGGACCACCAUUUCUUACAUUUGAAGAAGACCAAGUUCAAAAGCCUUUAGAGCUAGCAGUUCAACCAGUUGUGAAUGUUGUUGUCAAGUCUGUCCAGAAGGUGGUAUCCUGUAAUGUUGGAGGAGAGUCAAUUAAGUUUAUUGUCCAUGUGCUCUCUGCCUCAUCUGAUGCUUCAAAAUGUCAGUCAUAUGAUGUACAGCUGUCUCCAUUUCAGUUACAGCUAGAAUUUCAUAUGAAAGAGAAAAGAGAAGAUAUAUUGAUAAAGUGGUCCUUCCUCAAUGCUUCGGAGAUAAAUAUAAAAAUCCAGCCUAAAGAAAUACAGGAGGAUCAGAUGAUUGGGGCACUUGAACCAUCCAAAACCCUCAAAGAUAUUUUGAAACAUCUAGUUUGUUCAGUCUCCCCAUCAGUGAUUUUGAGCACAAAAACUGUGGAUGUAAAAGAGGCAGAGGAUAUGCGGCAUAUCUCAAAUCUACCUCAGGACCCGUGCCCUCCUAAACCCCCAAGGAUUCACAAGCUAAAAUUGUUGGUGAAGAAUAUCCAAGCAACACUGCUGAAUAAUCCUGAUUCUUCAGGUAGCCUUAACUGUGUAUUUCUAACUCAGUUAAAUGAUCCACUUCAGAAGUUCUUCAGCUCAGCAACCAAAAGUACCACAAACUUCACUUGGGAUGAGGAAUUCACUUUUGAAUUAAAUGCCAAAUCUAAAGAGUUACAACUGCAUGUUUUAGAAGAUGAGAAGUCCAAAGAUAGUCUAUUCUUUGCUUUUGCAACUGUUCCUAUAGAUGUAUUCAAGAAAAAACCUUCUGGACAACAAUACUUUGCUCUAAACAAUGGAUCCAGCUGUAAUCACACUGUGUUGGGAGCUAUCACAGCAGAGUUCUUUUACAUAGAACCAAAUGAAUCAAAAUUGUGGAAAAUUCCUCCUCCUGAUCCUUCUGCAAAGAUAGAAAAAGACCAAACUGUGAUGCCCUGUGGGACUACUAGUGAUAAACUGAUGGUCACUUCUAUAACUGCUAUGAAAACAAAUCCUGGACUGGAAACGGCUAGAUUUCCUGCAUUGAAUUCUGAAUUGUUAGGGUCGAAUGAUUCUGAUCCAAUUUCAGAAGCUGCCAUUCAACAGUUAAGUCAUUCUUCAAAGUUGAAAUUCAAGUCACCAAAGAAGAAGAGUACUAUUAUCAUAGAAGGGGAAUCCAAGAUUUCAUUAUCUCAGAACAGUGAAGCUCCACUGGUGAUAGACUAUGCAGCUUCCAUGGACAGUUCAUAUCAACAAGAAUCCCCUUCAUAUUGUGAAGAAGGUGUAUCUGCAGAGCUUAUUGAUGAAAAUGUGUCAAAACAUCUAUUGCCUGCCUUAAAACCACAAGAAAAUGAAUCUGAUACUUGGAAACUGGAGAAGAAUGUCAAAUCUAAAGAGUGGAACAGUGAUGCUCAGAUAGACCAGGAUAGUGAAGAGAUGCCAAGGAAUUUAUCAGCAGUUUUGAGAAAAUGUAAAGUGACCCCAAGGUGACUUUACCUUUCAGGAGAAAAUGGCUUCCAGAGAAUUUAAAUGUUGAGAAAUAUCAGUCACUUUUCAGUGAAUCUUGGUAAGAUUCAUUUUCCUGACCUCUCCCCCUCCUUUUGUUGUGCUGUUCAUUCUUUUUACACCCUUCCCUGUUUUGCUUUUAAACCUGUUGUUAGAACACUAUAUUGUCUGUCCAAUUUUUGACAUUAUAAUUCUAUGGCUGUCUUCUUUCUACCUUGUCAACAAAAAAAGCAGGAUUGAAUGGGGUUGGGA